AAAUAAAAUAAAAUCACACAAAAAUCUAAAUGGUCAACAUGUGAGGCCUUGGUUGCACGGCAGACAAAUGCUUGCCAAUGACUGACCUUCAGGGGCUCCGCUGUAAGGUGUUUCGAACUGGUGGGCGCCCGGUUCUUUUUCAGCGCCACAAACACAGCUCCUCCUUAGAUGUCGCAUUCUAUUUCUGUGUGGGCUCCAUCUGUUGUGUGGUUGCUUUGAAAAUUCGAUGCAAAAUCGCGUGUUGAGCCUUCUCCUUAUCAGUAAAUUAAAUAGUAAUGAAAUCGGUGCAAACCGUGUACAGUAUAACACAAAAAUAUAUAAAUAUAUAAUUUUAAAAAAAAUUGGUGGCCUGACAAAACCACCACAACAGAAAACGUGAAGAUUUCACGUUUCAAGCAAAACCACUUUCAUCCGGUACCUCUGCCAAUUCCUCAGAUGUGAGUUUUUGUAAAGUGGCAAUCGACGUGUGAAAACACCCAGCAUAAAUUCUCUUUCGAGAAAAGAAUUCAAGCCAUGAGACUCAAAGCUAACUUUUUGUUUUUCAGAAACAAAACCUUCUAUCGCUGAAGUCACCCAAGACUUGUGGUCUGACAGGAGCCGACCAAGACCGUCCAUGACCUCACGGUGCUCGGUCAUCUCCCGUUCGGAGAAUAAAUCAUGCGCAGAUGGACACAGAGUUUACUGGUUCAGUGCUGGAACAGAAAACGCAAAUCCCAGCUUCGUUUACGCACAUGAAGAAUGCGAAAAAGAAAAUGGAUCCGUGCAGAAAUGCGUUCACGCUUUCUCAAAGAACGUCAGCUCCUCAGAUGCCGGAACCGACUCUUGUGCAGUGGCCGCGUGUGAGGAGAUUUUCAUGGGAAAUGCCAUCAUCGAAGGUAAGUAUGUUAUCUUCAGUCGUGCCAGACUCCAAAAGUUCAAAUCACUUGAAUCGCUGUCAUGUUGGUUGUGUUUUGUUUUUUUGUUUUGUUUUUUUAAUCUUCAUGAUCCAGAAGGCAGCGGGUGUGAUUUUCAAAUGACCGUUAUCUUUGUCUUGGAAGCUGCUUUGGCAUUAAACGUCAUCGUGUCGGCCUUUCUCAUAUACAAGAUCAAGACAAAAACUUGUUUUUACUGUCAAGCUUGUCAGCGAACCUAUGACCAAACACGCAGUCGUAUGCAGCAGAGAAACGAGGAUUCUUUGGUUUACUCCGCGCCAACCAUCUUCACCAGGAAAAGUGGCAAAGCGAGCCCAACAAGUAUGAGAACCAUGGAGGAUUUUAGCACGUAUACCGAGGUCUGUCUUAGGGAAUCUAAACGAGACGAAAACGAUGAAACUGCUUGAAAAUCUUGAGCGUCAAUGUGCUUUACAUAAUUCAAGAUACAACAUUAAAAGGCAUUUAUAGGCAAGAAUUUAAGCCAUUUAAAAGCAAAGCAAAAACGAAAAUGUUGUUGACUCAAAUUCAGUUCAGUCGAUCUAAUGAGAGAACGACAUUAUGCAGGUUCAUAAAUGCGGUGAUAACGAUGAUUAGUUUUGGAAAAGUUACUUCACUGAGAA